CCCAUGGAAGAGAGCUUACUGUGACUCUACAUUCUAUAUAAAUAUGUGCAUUAACAUGCCUAUAUCUAUAUGUCUUAUGUCACAUUUCAUUAUAUAUUACUAUCUCUGCAUUACCCUCUAGAUAGAAAAACAAAAACACACACAGGACGUAGUGUCAUGCACACUAAACUGAGAGGGAUAGAGAAGAAAGAUUCAAUAGUGAACUCUUUUUAAUAUUCCAGCUUUUGUUAACCGACUUCUCCAAGAAACGGCUUUGGCUUUUCUCUUCGACUCAAUUGCCACCUUAUUACGAUCCUAUCUUCUCUAGUUCCUACCAACAAUCCUUCUACUUUGAGGCUUGAGCUAUACCAUACAUACAUAUAUAUAAAUAAGACCCCUGUCCAUUUUUUAAGUACCUGUUCAAGCAUGCCAAUGCCAUCUCCUGUAUCACUCAAAUCUCGGUCUUCGCCAACAAAUGAAACAAAAAAAGAACUGGUAUUUGACGCAUCCCUUUUUCAACAUGAACUAAACAUACCUGCACAGUUUAUAUGGCCUGACCAUGAAAAGCCAUGUUCUGAUCGAUCACCUCCACUUGUUGUACCACCCAUCGACUUAAAAGGGUAUCUUGCUGGUGAUCCCUCUGCCAUCUCAAAUGCCAUAAUGCUCAUCAAUGAGGCCUGUCAAAAGCAUGGUUUUUUUCAAGUUGUGAAUCAUGGAAUUGAUUUGGAACUGAUAAAUGAAGCUCACAAGCAUAUAAGUGGCUUCUUUGGAAUGCCAUUCUUGGAAAAGAAAAGAGCAGAGAAAAAGGCCGGCGAUAUUUCUGGAUAUGCUAGUAGCUUCACUAACAGGUUUUCUUCAAAGCUUCCAUGGAAAGAAACGCUCUCUUUUCGAUAUUCUGCUGAUCAACAAUCUGCCAACAAAGUUGAAGAUUAUUUCACAAAUGCAAUAGGUGAAGAUUUCAGGCAGUUUGGAAGGAUUUGUCAAGAAUAUUGCGAAGCUAUGAGCAAUCUGUCUCUUGUUAUCAUGGAGCUUCUUGGAAUGAGCCUUGGUAUUGGUCCAUCAUAUCUUCGGGAGUUUUUCGAAGGAAAUGACUCCAUAAUGAGAUUAAAUUACUAUCCUCCUUGUCAGAAACCGGAUCAAACUCUAGGAACUGGACCUCACUGUGAUCCUACAUCCUUGACCAUUCUUCAUCAAGAUGAUGUUGGUGGUCUUGAGGUGUUUUUUGACGAUAAAUGGCAUUCUAUCCUUCCUGACAAGGAAGCUUUCGUUGUAAAUAUUGGUGACACGUUCAUGGCCCUAUCCAACGGAAUUUACAAGAGUUGCUUGCACAGAGCUGUGGUAAACAAUUGUACACCAAGGAAAUCUCUUGCAUUUUUUCUUUCCCCUAAGAUGGAUAAGGUGGUAAGGCCGCCAGAAGCGCUGGUUCUGGACAGUGCAAGAAAUUUCCCUGAUUUCACAUGGUCAACUUUUCUCGAAUUCACACAGAAACACUACAGAUCAGACAUGAAAACACUUGACGCUUUUGCACACUGGCUACAAGAUAGAAACAAGUAAUACAAAUAUAUAAUGUGAACUAAGUUCGUGUUGGAAGGAGAGGACAGAAGAGAUCAACAAAAAGGGGAGUAGCUAAAGAUUUUUUAGCUGUUAACGUCCUACAAUGUACUGGUUAAGAAAGAAUUAAUAUUUCGAAAGUUUAAGAAAGAGGAAAAGUUAUAGAGUGAAACGAGUAAUGAAGCGAGUCUUGAUUUGUGCUUUGAUUGAUUAGGAAGAUACAGCUUAGCUUAAUCUUGCUUGAAGACUAUUUGCAAGUUUCUGGUUGUAAUUUGACAGUUUCAUGUGAAUAUUUUGCUUGAAGACUAUCGUUAAGUUUCUGGUCUA